UCACGAACUCCAAAUCCACCGUAUAAACAGAAAUUAUGGACAACGCAGAUAUCUUCGGUUCGCUCUCCGCUGGCAAGGGUCCGUACGGUGGCAAGAGAGGCCAGGCGCGCAUGGAGGAGAUGAAGAAUAAUAUCGUGAAGGAAUGGGAGGAAGAGCAACGCAAAAAGCAAGAAGCAGCCGAGAAGCAGGCUCAGAAAGAUAAAGACGCUGGGGAUGAUGAUACCUUGUUCGAAGUCGAAGGGGAGAAAAGUAGUACCAAGGGGGGUCUGGAACCUAAAGGCGGGGAUCGUGACAAUGGGAAAGAGAAGAGGAGGAGUUGGAGGGAUGGAUUGAAGAAGCUCGCCGGACGAUGAAAUGCUGCUGAUUUGUUGUUUGAUUGUUCGAUACCCGUUGUUGUUCAC